UGUCUAAGUGGAUGUCAGCUGGCCGAAGUUACCAAUGAAAAGUACUGGAAAGAGCCGUUUAGCGCUAUUUGCUCAUACGGAGAUCUGCUAGAGUUUGUUGUUUUGGAUGUGGAGCCCGUCUCCACCCGCGGGAAAUUUGCUUUGGCGGAUGUCCAGUGCGUGCGCGCCCGCGACUUAGGGCGGGCGUCUGGAUCUUUCUUUACUCGAACGCAUCUUGGCAACCUUCUGCGGCCGGGGGACAGCUGUUUGGGCUACGACUUGACUUCCCUCAACACCAACAACUCUGAUUUUGAGAGUCUCGAUCACUGCCAGCUGUUACCUGUGCUUUUGGUUAAAAAACAUUAUCCUUACCGACGAAAGAACAGGCGUUCUAGAAAGUGGAAGCUGAAAACUCUCGAUAAGGAAAUCGAGUGUACCAACCAGUUUGAGCAAGAUAAGGCCAGUGCCGCAUUCGAGUCAUUUCUUCAAGAUGUGGAGGAGGACCGAGAGCUUCGCUCUACCAUAAACAUCUUUAAAAAUCUUCACUUUAACUCCGACGACUGCGCUGUGCGUAACGAAGAAGAUGAAGGAGAAGAAGACUUUCCAGAGCCUUCUAUUGAAGAGAUGCUCGAUGAACUCACGCUGGAGGAUGACCCGCUCUGCCCGAUUCCUAACUAAAAAAGAAUUCUUUUUUUCGUGCGACGAGAAGUUUGGAGGGCUUUUACUUUGGAUUUCCAUUAUGCGUAACUGGUUAUAACUCGCCUCGUAGACGUUACUAAUCUCAAGCUCUUCAAAGCAGUUACUUGUGUUUAAAUAGUUGUAGUAUUUCUGUUAUUUGGCUUGCUAUAAUAAAUUUU